AUGCAUUAGUAGAAACUACAAUCUACUUGCCCUCAUUUUUAAAGAAUCAUUCUUUAAAGAAGCAUUCCUUAAGUUCAUAAAUCUCUUUCUUAAUUAUUAGUACUAUUUAUUCAUGGAUAUCAAGGUUUUUUUCAGAAAUAAGUAAAUUAAAUGUGAGAUUUGUCAAAGAAAACAAGAUUAUUUAAAUAUUUGUUUGAAAUGUGAAAAGCCAUUAUGUGACAUUGAAAAAAUAUGCUCUGCAGAACAUUUAAAAUGUAAUAAAUUGUUUAAUAAAUAUUUAGUAAAUAGUCCAGAACAUUGUGUGAUAAUUAAUAUCCACUCAAAUUUAAUUGCAUGUUUAAUGUGUAAAUUAGAAAUUUAUGAUUUUGAGCAAACCUAAUAAAAUGAAGAAGAUCAACAUAUGGAAGAAUUAAUCAAUCCAUAAAAAAUUAGAAUGGAAUAUCAUAAAUUCUUUUAUAAACAAGAACCUCACAACAUCCAAUUUAAAAAUAAAUAAAAUGUGUAGCAUGCUGGAAUGCUAAACAUUUGUAAUAACAGUCAUUUAAAUUGUGUUUUAUAAAUAUUACUAAACUAUCCUGUCAUCUAAUAAAUACUUCAAAAAAUUAAUAAUGAAUAUGAAAUAAAUGAAUAUAGUUUGAAAUCUAAUCGUAAAUAGAUUUUAAGAGAAUUAAGUUCCAUGGCUUAAGUUUAUUCAUAACAUUAAUAUAGGAUAAUAAAUCCAGCUAAAGUUAUUAAAAAUCUUUCUAAAUUGGAUGCCAAAAUUAUUGGAUAUUCAAGAAAGGAUGCAUAUGUAAUCAUAAUAUAAUACAAAAAUUAGGAUGCAUUCAAGACCGUUAUCAAUUUUUUAAAUGAAGAAUUCAAAUUCUCAAAUUUGAAAGCAUACUUUAAAAAUAAUCUGAUCUAUACAAAAUAACCUCUUGGACAUGAUUGGAACAUAAUGUACACUCUAAAAAGUAGUUAGUGCUGAUCCUA